AUGAUGCUUCUUCCGGGCUCAUACGACCUUGGCUGGACAGCUAAGCUCCUCCGUCGCGACUUACGAGUCCUCCGGAUGAAGCUCACCACGAGACUGAAGCUCAAGUCCAAGCCUUGCGAGGCCGCCAAAGACACCUCGGAGCCGAAAAAUCUUCAUUACAUGAAUCGAUUGCCCAUGAAUGUCAGUGAAGCCACUGCAUACUCCAAUCCGCAAGGAGACGUUUUAGACGACGAACCGGAGACCGACAGCGAAAAGUGCAACGAUACACUCUACGAACUCCUGGAAGGCAGACUCAGAGCUACGUAUGCGUCUCGCAACCGCGAUAUAUCACAUCAAGACCGCUGGAGGUUCCGCGGUAGUUGGCUACUGUUAUACAAGGCCAUCCAGACAUGUGCCUCGAAUGACAGCUGCGAUAUCCUUCGCGCGUCCGCACACGAUACAAACGAGAAAAGGUUGCUGCUGGAGAUGCUGCAACUGAGCACGAACCGGAAUAGAUUGCCUUUCCACGAGGUCAGCAAAAUGCCCGCUGCACCCUACACCAAGCAUGACAGCGACCAUGGCCGUUAUGAUUCCAUGCUUAGCAACGCUACUACACUCACAUCUACUCCCUCGCCCGCGCAGAUCUGGCUGUCCAUCCUCGAAGCCACCAACGACGCGGAAAAGAUUGCGCCUAUGGCUCAAGAGCUUUUACAGUAUACAUGGUCAGGAAAGGAAGCUGUCGACAUCAUUGAGCAGAUCGGGGACCCCCACAAGAAGUUCCCCGACGCGGACGACGCUGAGCUCCGUGUCAAAUUCCGACAGUUGCUAUGUUCGGAGUUGAUGCUUUCCACGCCCUGCCGUUGA